AAAAAGAAAAACCCUAUAACCGAGGAAGUUUCAUCGACACAGGUCACAGAAGAAUGAGGUGUGUGUCACCGAUUAUCAACUUGUUCUCUCCUUCGCAGGCUCACACUCACACUAUAUUCUAAGACCUAGCAUUAGCGUUUGGUCUCUCUGAGUCUCUUCCCCAAAUUCAUAAUAAAAAAAAAAGAAAGCCCUAGAUUCUCUUCCCAUUUUUUCAGUGCCCUCCUCCACAACCUAAUCUCUGUUACUCUUAUUUGGAUUUUUCUUUUUUUUGGUAACUAAAAAAUUGUUUGGAGCUUUUUUUUUUUUUUUUUUCCCGUUUUUUCUGAGAUGGAUAUAGAGCAAAAGCAAGCGGAGUUCAUCGAUCACUUCGUCAAGCAAGCUUCGACUCUCAACGGCUCGGCCCUUGGUUCACUGGUUGCCGAGGCUACCUCUAACCCUUCGCUCUUCGCCUUCUCUGAGAUUCUCGACGUUCCUACCGUUCUCGAGCUUGAAGGAACUGAUAAUUCUGUAUAUCUGGAUGUGCUUCGUUUGUUUGCACAUGGCACAUGGAGUGAUUACAAGAAUAAUGCUGGCCGUCUACCGCAACUGGCCCCUGAGCAGGUCCUCAAGCUAAAGCAGCUUACGGUGCUGACACUGGCAGAGACAAACAAGGUACUACCAUAUCGUCAACUAAUGCAGGAGCUAGAUGUUAGUAAUGUACGUGAACUCGAAGAUUUUCUUAUCAAUGAGUGCAUGUAUGCGGGCAUUGUUAGAGGAAAGCUGGAUCAGUUGCGAGAAUGCUUUGAGGUUCAAUUUGCUGCGGGGAGAGAUCUGAGACCUGGCCAACUUGGGAGUAUGAUACAAACACUAUCAAACUGGUUGGCUACUUCAGACAAUCUACUUGUCUCAAUUCAAGAAAAGAUAAAGUGGGCUGAUACUAUGAGUGAGUUGGACAAGAAACAUAGAAAGGAAGUUGAAGAUAAGGUGGAAGAAGUAAAGAAGUCCAUUUCCCUCAAGUGUCUUACUUACGUUGUGGCAGAAGUUCCACCCUGUAAGCAGGCAGACGUUGACUACCGAGGGCAUGAGGAGAUCUUCUCUGAACCUGGUGGAGUGAUGGACUAUGAGGAAGACCGAAUCCGACCAAAGAGGAGACGACAUCCUAUAUCUUGAACAUAUGUGGAUGGGAGGGUUAAAACAUAUGAUGGGUUUUGAUGCAACUUGCCUUGAUUUUUGUCCAUGGCAUUCCAAGCAGCUGUUGAUUUCGGGGCCGGAUGAACUUUAUUUGUGGCCAUAGGCAAGAGAGAGAAUUUGGGGCUUUAUUUUUAUAUGAAAAAUAUUAUUCAUUUUAAUGUUAACAUUAUAUUUGAGUAUAAUUUUCUUGCGUUGUUUUAAAGUAGUGAGCAUGUGUGACUUAGAGAAGGCUUCAAGGCUUUUUUACAUUCAUUUAGAGGAAUGUUAUAUAUAUAUUUUUUA